AUUCCACCUUUCUCUUUCUGUUUCUUUCCCCCGACCUUUUUAUUUUAUUACAAUAAAAGCCUGUCCAUUUUUAUCCCAUGCCUUCCUGCGGUUUCCAUUUCCUAAUCUUACCCCCCCAUUGGUCAUUACUCGUGUUUUUUGUAUUGUCAUGUUUCUCAUUAAUGGUUUUAUUCUAUUCCCUCUAGCUCAUUGCUUAAAUACCUGCCUUUUCUUUUCUGGGUGCUUCUUCUACCUCUCUCCCUCCUCUGCCUCUGCUGGCCUUUGCGACUGUUCUUGUUUUGUCUUCGUUCUUCGCCACCAUUGUCAGAGACUUUGACCACCAUCAUGAUAGUGGCGUUGCUCUUGCUGCUGGCAUUGAGCAAUGCCGUCAGAAUCAAUGGCGAUGAUGGCGGUGAUGGGCAAUGCGAUUUUAAGCCAGCGCUAGAUCCAAGACCGCACAGUGUCUCCAUUUCGGAGUUUGGUGCGGUUGGGGAUGGAAAAACACUCAACACAAUCGCUUUUCAGAACGCCGUUUUCUACCUUAAGUCAUUCGCUGACAAGGGUGGCGCUCAGUUGUACGUUCCACCUGGAAAAUGGCUCACUGGAAGCUUCAAUCUUACAAGCCAUCUUACUCUCUUUCUGGAGAAAGGUGCUGUUCUUAUUGCAUCUCAGGAUCCACAUCAUUGGGAAGUUAUUGAACCCUUGCCUUCUUAUGGGCGGGGGAUUGAAGUUCCUGGAGGAAGGUACCAGAGCUUGAUCAAUGGGCACGGCUUACAAGAUGUGGUUAUAACAGGUAAUAAUGGAAUCAUUGAUGGCAUGGGAUUGGUUUGGUGGGAGUGGUUCAGCUCUCAUUCCUUGAACUACAGUCGCCCUCAUCUGGUUGAACUUGUGGCAUCUGAUUCUGUGGUAGUUUCAAAUCUUACAUUCUUGAAUGCCCCUGCAUAUAGCAUCCACCCUGUUUAUUGCAGCAACGUAUAUAUCCAAAAUAUCUCAAUCUCUGCUCCUCCAGAAUCCCCUUGUACUGUUGGUAUAGUACCAGAUUCUUCAGAAAAUGUUUGUAUAGAGGAUUGUACCAUUACAGUGGGUUAUGAUGCAAUUGCGCUCAAAAGUGGGUGGGAUGAGUAUGGCAUUGCUUAUGGCAGGCCCACAAAAAAUGUUCACAUCAGAAGGAUGCAUCUUAGAGCAUCUUCUGGCUCCACUCUUGCUUUUGGCAGUGACAUGUCUGGUGGCAUAUCAAAUGUUCUUGUGGAAUAUGUUCAUCUUCACAACUCCAAUAGUGGCAUUGAGUUCAGAACCACCCGAGGUCGAGGUGGUUACAUCAAAGAAAUUGCCAUUUCAGGUGUAGAAAUGGAGAAUGUCAAUACAGCUUUUGCUGCCACAGGCUUUUGUGGGUCUCACCCGGAUGACAAGUUUGAUCCUGAUGCUCUUCCAUUUUUAAAUCACAUUACUUUGCAGAAUGUGAUUGGUAGAAACAUCACAAUUGCUGGAAGCUUCUUUGGAAUUCUAGAAUCACCUUUCAGUAACAUAUGUCUUUUCAACAUAACCUUGUCCAUAAAUCCUGUUUCUUCCAGCUCGUGGGAUUGCUCAAAUGUCUCUGGCUUUUCUCACUCUGUUCUCCCAAAGCCCUGCCCUGAUCUUCUGAACCCAACAAAUUCCUCCUCUUCUUCCUGCUUUUCCCUGCUGAGUAUCAAUGGACAAAGAGCGGUUCUCUGAUUUUUUUUUUUUCCAGCCAAACCCAUUAUAUUUUUUUUUUUUGCUUCGUAAGUCAGGAAGUUUUACUUCUAUCCCUUGAUUUAUGAGAUCCAAUUUCAUAUUGAAGAGACCCAACUAUGUGAGGAUCACUAAUUCUAAUCCUCACAAAAUUUGGUAUAAUGAAGAGAUUGGAACCAUCAAAAUCAAGGGAUAAAAAUGAAAUUUCUUGUCAAGUUGAUGGACCGAAAAAUCUACUGCAGCCUUUUUGUUUUUUGUUUCCUUCCUUCUCAUCAAAAGAUUCAUAUGCUCGAGCGCUCUUGCUUGAGCCUGUUGGGGGAUAAGGAAAAGAGAGAAAAGAAAAAAGAAUUAACCAUUUGCCAUCUCAGAUAAGGCCACAUUCUUCCUUCCAAUAAGACAGUUGUCGGGAUUAUUCUUUUUGUCUUCCCCUUGCUUUCAUCCUUAGAAUUGCAUUCUUGCAUAUUGCAAACCAGCAUAUUAUUUGUACAGCUUCAUAUCUUCAUUCAUCAGUGAUGAAAUUUUGGUAGUGCAUUCAGAAUUCCAUAGUUUUUUGGCAUUAGUUCAUUGCGAUUUUAAUGUAAAGCAUGUAAUGGAUUUGGGCGAUACUUUAAUUAAAUGAGGUUCAAUGAAGCUUAGUUUUUUAUUCA